AUGCCGUAUUAUGAUCCCUCUAUAGACCUAGUUCACGAUGCAUAUCGACGUCUCAGUCGUGAUCAACUCGUUUUAUUCCUCAAAGUUCGAUCUUUGUCAACUACGGGGACGGACGUCGAAUUGGCAUCGCGUCUGGCACACUAUGACAUUCAUACAUAUCACUUCCCGUCCGCCGUAAAUGGUGCUGGGACCGCCCCUCUACUUUCGUCAAUUGAUGUUCAGUCGAAGCAACGGCCCCGACAGGCCAUGGCCCCCGAACUCCCGGUGGAGCUUCUCGCGGAGAUAAUGGAUCACAUAGGAGACUGGGAGCUUGCUAAAGCAGUUGGUGUGCCUACGUCUCUACCUCAACCAUUAGCAUGGACCAGAGCCAGUCCUUGCGACCACGCGAUCCUCACAGGUUAUCUCCCCCUGAUCCGCGCCGCAGACCCUGCCUCGUACCCACCCACCAACAUUGGUGCAAAACUAGCCGUCCGGUUUGGCUAUGUGCACGUGCUGGAGUAUCUCCUCACGCAGCAUCGACCGAUAUUCUUGUCCAAAUUCAAGGACGAUCUCCUUCCCAUCACGGCCUCCCACCAUGGGCGCACGGCAGUGCUUUUUUGGUGGAAACACGCGCGAGAGCAGUAUUCAGACGCGUUACCUCUACCCAAACCGAGCUCCGUCGCAGACGCGAUUGAUGGUGCCUCGCGCAAUGGCCAGGUAGCCUCGCUCGACUGGUGGUUACACUCGGGAAUCCCACUGGAGUACACCGAAGCAGCACUCGAGAUGGCCAGCGCCAAGGAUCAACUAUCCGUGUUGGCGUGGUGGAAACAGCAGAGCGUCGUGCACGGCCUGCAACUCAAGAUUGGCCGGGUCAUGGAUAUGGCGAGCACGGCAGGGCACGUAGACGUUCUCGAGUGGUGGGCGCGUUCGCAACUGGAGUUCAAGUACGACCGACAAGCGCUGUACCAUGCGAGCUGUCAUGGUAAGGUGGAGGUCUUAGAGUGGUGGCUCGGGAGUGGGCUUCAGUUGAUCUUUGACCCGGAUGCACUUACUGGCGCAACCAGGCAUAACCGGCCAGAAGUCCUGGAGUGGUGGGACAAGAGCGGAUUGCCGAUUCAGUAUCGGAUGUGUGACAUCGAGGAGGCGUUGGAGGAUGCUAUUGGAGGCGGUGAGGCAGCAAGGGAGUGGUGGAAACGAAAAGGGGUGGACUUUAACGCGAACGACGUGGAGUGGUCGAAGUCCCAAAAUCUGAACUAG